AUGGGAGUGGUGAAACGCAUUGAGGAAAUUCACAAUGCAUUUGGUGAGCAUGGAACUCUUAAAACAGAAUCUGUUAAAAUCCAGCUUAAGGACAAUGCUCAGCCAUAUGCGGUACACAUAGCGCGCAGAGUUCCACUGCCUCUCAUACAAAAAGUAAAAGAGGAGCUUCAGCGCAUGGAAGAGAAUGGGGUCAUUGAGCCAGUGACAGACCCUACGGACUGGUGCGCACCCAUUGUGCCGGUGCUUAAACAGAACGGGAGGGUUUGCAUCUGUGUAGAUCUGAAAAAGUUGAAUGAAACUGUAAAAAGGGAAAGAUAUGUUCUUCCAACUGCAGAGGAGAUAAUUGCAAAACUGAGUGGUGCAACAGUCUUCUCAUCUUUGGAUGCUGCCUCAGGUUUUUGGCAGAUACCGUUACACCCAGAAAGCAGCAAACUAACUACUUUCAUAACACCGUUUGGAAGGUACUCCUUUAAACGUCUUCCUUUCGGCAUCACCAGUGCCCCAGAAAUAUUUCAGCGGAAGAUGAUGGAAACUUUACAAGGGCUUGAUGGAGUAUCGGUAUAUAUGGAUGAUAUAUUGGUGUAUGGAGACACCAUGGAACAGCAUGACAAACGGCUUACCAAUGUAUUAAAGAGAAUUGAGUCUGCUGGGUUGAAGUUGAACCAUGAAAAGUGUCUGCUGAGACAACAUCAGCUUCACUUCCUUGGUCACUUGAUCGACGAAUCAGGUGUGAGACCCGAUCCUGAGAAGGUCAGAGCAGUCCGUGAGCUGUCACCUCCAUACAAUGUUCAGGAGCUGAAACGGGUACUGGGGAUGUUUAAUUACCUAGGCAAGUACAUUCCUAAUUUGUCAACAGAAGGCAAACCACUGUAUGACUUGUUGAGGUCAACAGCUACAUGGACCUGGGCCAGUCCCCAGGUGACAGCAUUUCAGCGCAUUAAAGACAUUCUUUCUACUUCUCCAGUUUUGAAGUUCUAUGAUGUGACUCUACCUACUGCUGUGUCAGCUGAUGCCAGCAGUUAUGGCAUAGGUGGUGUAUUAUUGCAACUGCAUGAGAAAGACUGGAAACUGGUAACAUACUGCUCACGCAGUUUGUCUGAGGCAGAAUCCAGAUAUGCCCAGAUUGAGAAAGAAUGUCUGGCGAACGUCUGGGCUUGUGAAAAAUUCGAAAAGUACCUAAUAGGCCUUGAAAACUUCAAGUUGGUAACAGAUCACAAACCGUUAGUGCCUCUUAUGAAUAAGAAGGACUUGGACAGUGUUCCAUUAAGAUGUCAGAGACUACUUAUGAGACUAAUGAGAUUUAAACUGAUAGCAGAAUAUUCUCCAGGAAACACUUUGGUGGUGGCUGAUACACUAUCCCGAAGCCCACUAGCAUACAAGGAAAAUUAUCUCAACACACACACCGACGUGGAGUGUUACAUUGCUGCUGUUGUUGAAUGCAUGCCUGCAAGCCCACCAAAAUUUGAAGCCAUUAGGGCUGCUACAAAGGCUGACAAUAACCUGCAAAUUGUACUGAAGUAUAUCAGGUCAGGAUGGCCAAAAUAUAUAGACAACGUUCCAGUGGCAGUUCAACAGUUUUUCCAUUUCAAGAACGAGCUGUCUGAGCACAAUGGAAUACUGACAAGAGGAAGCCGUAUGUUAAUUCCAGACGUCUUGAGAGCAGAUAUUCUAAACAGGAUACAUGAUGGACAUCAAGGUCUGACAAAGUGUAGGGAGCGGGCCAGAAUAUCGGUGUGGUGGCCAGGCAUCUCGUCAGAAAUAAAACAAAAGGUUCAGUCAUGUCAAAUAUGCCUUGAGAUGAAACAGACACAGCAAAAGGAGCCUCUCAUCUCGACGCCCCUUCCAGACAGACCUUGGAAAAGGCUAGCUAUUGACUUGUGUGAGUAUAAUAAGCACACUUACCUUGUUGUGUCAGACUAUUUCUCUCGAUUUCUUGAGAUCCUUCACAUGCCAGCAACCACUACCUCAGAAAUAGUGUUAAAACUGAAGGCACUAUUUGCCAGGUUUGCCUGCCCUGAUGAAAUAGUUUCGGACAAUGGUCCUCAGUUCGUGAGUGCCGAGUUCCAGGAAUUUGCAAAGGAAUUUGACUUUUUGCACAUCACAUCCAGUCCACACCACGCUCAAGGAAAUGGACAUGCAGAGAGAGGGGUGCAGAUUGCGAAGAAAACUCUGCAACAGAAAGAUCCUCUUCUGGCUCUGAUGAGUUACAGGGCCACACCUUGCAUCACAACGGGUGCUGAGUCGCCACAGGACCCAGACGAAAUAGCUGCAGGGGGAGAGCACGAUGCUGUACUGGAGACAGAGGAAGUAGAGACUGCCAUUCAGAAAGAGUUUGCUCACCUGCAAUGA